GCGAAUUAUGAUCUCCGUCCUCUCGUUGAUAAUGAUAUCAUGCUGCAAGGAGAAAUAAAGUUAAGAAAUCUGGGAGCUCCCGUUUUGCGUGAGCCCACAUACAAUUUUAGUCGUCUCUCUGCCAGGGCUGGAAAUGUGAUGAUUACAGAUUUUGAUGAAUGGCCCUCUGCAGAUCAAUUGUAUUUGGACGACUCACAAUAUAAGGCCGUGCAAAAUGCUCUUACUAAGGAGUUUGUCAUUACCCAAGGGCCUCCGGGUACAGGGAAGACGUACAUUGGUCUCAAAAUCGUAAAAGCCUUGCUACACAAUCACAAAAUAUGGAACACUAACAUACAAGGUGUUGUUGAACACAGACCGAUGUUGAUUGUCUGCUAUACGAAUCAUGCUUUGGACCAGUUCCUAGAAGGAAUAUUAAGUUUUUAUCAAGGGGAUGUAUUGAGAGUUGGAGGACGAAGUUCUAGUGAACAAUUGAAGAAAUAUAACAUCAAUACUUAUCGCAUGAAUAUGAGGAAAAGUAGGGAAAUUCAUGGUGACAUAUCCAGGGAAGCCCGUAGAAUUGGAUGGGAAUUGAAUCAAAUAAGAGAAGCCAUCAACGCCAUUGCGAUGAAAAUAGAAAUUGCUGAACGAGAGGUUAUACAUGAGGAUUAUUUACAACCUUAUAUGGGUAAAUAUUACAAUGAUCUUGUCCAAGGAUUUGAGCAGUAUGUGCACUAUCAUGAUCCCAACAUUUCUCUCAAGAAAAUUAAGGGAUCAUCUGCCAUUGUUGAAUGGCUCGGCUAUGGGACCUUACUAGACAUAGAACAUGGCGAUGUAGAAGUGCCGGUUGAACAGAGAAGACAAGAAGUUGAUGAAGAUGGAGAUCUCGUUGAUGAAUUGCAGGAAGAUCCAGAGGAACAAAUUGAUGUCUUUGAUGAUGCUGAUCAAAUGGUAGAGAUGAGACAGCUGGACAAUGAAGAUGAUCUUGAUUUGGAUGACUUAGAUUUUGCAGGCCUUGGUCUUCCCGAAGAUAUAGAAAGAAAACUAGCGAAUCUUCAAAUAAAGAAAAAGGCUGUAGCAUUGAAUGUGUCAGAAAUGGAUGAACAAGAAGGCGACAUGGAAUGGCAAAUUGAUAGGAAACAGAAGAAAAAAAUGAAAUCAAAAUUGCGUAAAGAACUAAGAUCUACAAAUCGCAUGUCUGAAGGAGAGUUUCAAAAUUUGCAGAGGAUGGGUCAUGAUGUUUGGAAUUUGACUCAAAAAGAAAAAUGGCGAUUGUAUCGAUACUGGACACACAAGUUCUGCUGUGUAUACAGAGAACAAAUUCGUGGUAAAGAAGCAGAAUAUGAAAGAAAUGCGGCUCGAUUAAACGAAAUCCAUAUGCAGGAAGACCAGCAGAUAAUGCGCUUAGCAACAAUUAUUGGAAUGACAACAACUGGGGCUGCAAGAUAUCAGUCAGUACUUCAGGAAAUUGGUCCAAGAGUCAUCGUUGUUGAAGAGGCUGCAGAAGUUCUUGAAGCGCAUAUCAUAACAACGUUGAGCCAAGGUUGUGAACACUUGAUUCUUAUUGGUGACCACAAACAGUUAAAGCCAAAUCCAACAGUGUAUAAACUUGCAAAGGAUUAUAAUCUGGACGUAUCAUUAUUUGAAAGAAUGGUGAAAAAUGGAAUGCAGUGUGACUGUUUAAAUCUUCAACAUAGGAUGCGUCCAGCUAUUUCGGAAAUGAUGAGAAUCAUCUAUCCAGAGUUAAAAGACCAUGACGAAGUAAAAACUUAUCCGGACGUGAGAGGGAUUUCAGAGAACAUGUAUUUCAUACAUCAUGACUACCCCGAAAGUAAUGAUGAUGAACAGAGAAGUCACUCCAACCUUUACGAAGCUCAAUACAUUGUGGCUCUUUGUCGAUAUCUCAAACUACAAGGAUAUGACCCAGAGCAAAUCACAAUUUUAACAUUGUAUUCUGGACAGCUUUUCCAGCUGAAGAAAUUGAUGCCAAAAAAAGAAUUUUAUGGAAUAAGAAUAACAGUGGUAGACAAUUUCCAAGGAGAAGAAAAUGAUAUUAUUCUCCUAUCAUUGGUUCGCAGUAAUGAUGAAGGAAAGAUAGGCUUUUUGAAAAUAGAGAAUAGAGUUUGUGUUGCUCUUUCCCGUGCUAAGAUGGGAUUUUAUGUCAUCGGGAAUUUAAACCUUAUGUCUGGUAACAGUGAUCUUUGGAGAAAAGUUGUUGACCAUGUUAAACGUAAGAAUUUAUAUGGAGAAGGAUUACGUUUAUAUUGCCAAAAUCAUCCAGACGAUGUAGGAAUCCAUGCAACGGAACCGGAGGAUUUUAAAAAGGCACCAGAAGGAGGAUGUAUGAAGCCAUGUGAACACAGGCUACCUUGUGGGCAUACGUGUGCCCUCGUUUGUCAUGUGAUCAAUGCCGACCAUAAAGAAUAUAAAUGUAGGAAACCAUGUCAAAAGCGUAUUUGUGAUAAUGAAGACCACAGAUGCAGAAGAAUGUGUUACCAAGACUGUGGUGAAUGUUCAAUACCAGUGCCAAAAAAGCUGCCUUGUGGACAUACCCAACAAGUUCCAUGUUCAACUAAACCAUAUCAGUUUAAGUGCAUGGCACAAUGUGAUACUCGUCUUCCUUGUGGCCAUAUAUGCCAGAGUCUGUGUGGAGAACGACACACAGAAUUUUGUCAAUAUCAAGUUGUUACAAAAUUCAAAUGUGGUCAUGAAUUGCCUGUUCUUUGUUUUGAAGCAGAAUCAGCUCUGUGCUCUGAACCAUGCAAGCAAAUGCUGUUUUGCGAGCACACAUGUAAGGGGACUUGCGGUAAAUGCUUGAAUGGUAGAUUACACGUAGGAUGUAAAAGUAAAUGUGGAAGAACUCUGGUCUGUGGCCAUAUCUGCCCAGAUAAAUGUUCGAAAUGUCCUCCGUGUGCAAAAAGAUGCAAUAACCGUUGUGUCCACAGCAGAUGCACAUUGGCCUGUGGGGAAGUAUGCAUACCUUGCGUAGAGAAGUGUGCUUGGAGGUGUGAACACUACAAAUGUACUAAAAGAUGUUUUGAGCCGUGUAAUCGUCCUCCAUGUAAUAUGCCCUGUCGUCUGCAACUUCUUUGUGGGCAUCAAUGUAUUGGUCUUUGUGGAGAACCUUGUCCAAGAAAGUGCCGCAUUUGCAAUAAAAAGGAAGUGACGGAAAUAUUCUUUGGUACAGAAGACGAGGACGAUGCAAGGUUUGUAGAACUGGAAGACUGCGGUCACAUAUUCGAGGUGGAGAUGCUGGAUCAUUAUAUUGACAACUUUGGACAGAGUGACAAAAAUGACACAUUUGUAAAGCUUAUUGAGUGUCCUAAGUGUAAGACACUGAUUCGUCGAAAUAUGCGAUACGGAAAUAAAGUGAAAGAGGCGGUGUUAGACAUAGAAGCGGUGAAGAGAAAAAUUAUUGGGGACAGACAACGCAUUCGUAUUAUGCGGAAUGAUAUUCCAGGGAAAAUACGAACGCUGACGGCAGAGUUUCCAGUGGAUGGAAAAGCAAUGAGAGAAAUCUUCGAUCAGCUUUUUGAGACAAAUGUUGAUGAAAACACUUUGCUGGCCGUUACAAAUCAAAUUGAAUUUUUGAAGGCCCUGAACAAAAUUGAACACGAAUGGGAGAGAUACAUACACAAUGUCGAUCUUCAGCAAAUGUUCAAAAAACAUUGUCUCAAAGAUCUUAAAUACUUCAGGGAAUGGACACUGUUUCCCAGACGAUAUUUCACGGAGCAGGAGCUGAUGGAUGCAGAGGAUGAAAUCUUUCGACUUAAAUCAUUCAGACUUUUUGUUGAAUAUAUCGAAAGAAUGCUUUCUCUUGGAAAACCGACGGAAAAAGAGCUUAAGAGAAACCUUACUAUUGUGGAAAGUCUUUUGAAAGGGGGCAAAAAAUUGAACGAAAAGGAGAAAACUUUGGUGAAAAAUGUCUUGGCGGAAUUGAAAAAUAAAUAUCCUGCUGGUGGGCUUGGAGUCUCACAUAAGGAGAGAAUCGAAAUUGUGAAAGCUUUGGGUCAACAGAAGGGUCAUUGGUUCAAAUGUCCGAAUGGUCAUUACUACGUGAUUGGGGACUGUGGAGGGGCUACAGUGGAGAGCAGUUGCUCGGAGUGUGGAGCGACAAUUGGUGGAAGCAACCAUCGACUCCGCGACGAUAAUCAAUUUGCAGGAGAGAUGGACGAUGCUAGACACCCUGCAUGGUCCGAUGCUGCAAACAUGUUAAAUUAUCAAUUCUGAGAGAAUAAUAUUGCAAACCGUUGACAACGCAUAAUGACAAUAAAUUAAAUAAACACACCGUUUCUUUAAGAAAAUGAAGUUUUGUAUGAUUGGGUUUGCCUAUACUAGUUGUUGAAGCUUUUUUAUAUAUACCCCUAGCUGUUUACGGUUAUUACUUCUGAUAAAACAAAAAUGAUCGUUUUAUUACAUAAGGUAAGAAUGUGUUUCUUUUUUAAAUUCCUUAAAUAUAGUUUACAAGACGUUAAUUUCAAUGGCACAUUGUACGAAAGAUGUCCAUUGAGAAAAAUGGCGUUAGACUUUUUUGUAAGUUGUUUAUCGCUCGUUGAAAAAAUUAAAUGUAUCUUUAUUGAACGACGUUUGCUCUGCCCCUAUUUUGUAUUGUUUUAUGGACUUUGAUAUUGAAUACUGUUCGUUAUCUCCAUAUCCUUCUUUCUAUCAUGAUGUCUAAUCUUUUUUUUUUAACUGUCAAAGAUUCUUUUCAGUUUAGGACACAUAAGAUAAAAGAAAAAUAUUUGUUAGAUUGUUGAUAUUUGUUAAACUCAUAUUUAGAUACUACACAUUGUUAUAAAAGAAGAAAUUUUUUAAACAGAAGAUUGAUAUUUAAAUGACUGUAUAUAUUUUUGAAGGAUAUCUGUGGUCGUGUACAUUGUAUUAGAAUAUUUAUUAUAAGUAAUUUAUUUAGUACAAAGGUAUGUUACAAGCGAUCUGUGUUUCAUUUUGAUCGUAUAAUUAUGUAUUUAACUCUUUUGUUUACAUUUCGAUCUCAUACUAGUAUAAUCUAUUCUUCUCCUUUUAGACGAUUGUUUUUUAACCCAUUUAUUUAUCUAAUAAAGAGGAAAAAGUUUGAUUGUUAAACAGAGAAACAAUAGCAUACGAUUUAAAUUAUUGAUAAUUCUUAUGUCUCUGGCCCGACAUGGAGCUGAUUGAUUUUUCAAGUCAUUCAAGUGCUAUCCAUAUUGCUUCUACAUAUAUGUAGGGCAGUUGGAGUUCUUUUUGUGCCGAAGGGGGAAUCUUGUUUGCUUUGUGACAUCUGCUUAGAUAUAUAUUCGUCAAAGUUUCUAGAUAAGAAAUAUGAUUUUUCUUACCAGCGUUUUACAAGUGCAUUGCUCUUUUAAUGGCUUUGAUGUGGCAGAAUUUUGUAUAUCUUUGAUAAAUUAUUAACUUGAA